UGGCAGAUAUCGUAAUCCAAUUUUGGGAGACAUUCAUAAUCUGAUAUAUUCGAGACCGCUCCGAUCAAGACAUCCAUCCGCGCUACCGACAUCAGCAUGGACAUUAUGAAGAGAUUCUUCUCGCGUAGCUCAGGCGUGCAAGAGUGAUGGGACUGAGCGGAGCAGGGAAGACGACCGUGAGUCCUCGAUGACAUGACACGAAAACAUGCGGUUGAUCAAGAGCAGUUCAUCGAGCUAGCAAAAGGCUCGGAAGGAUGCCAAAGCGUCGCGCUACAGUCAGAACAAAGGAGCUUACAUAUUUCAGAGCCAUUCUUGGUAGGAGAAACUUUGGUGCAGUUGGUCGAGAUACCCGGGUUCGAUGACGCUGCAAAUGACGAUACGGACGUUCUCGACCUCAUAGCGAAGUGCAGUCACCAUUUGUCUCGAUGCAGUCUCAAGAAGGGAGUAACCGGGAUCAUAUAUCUCCACCCCAUUACCGAUAACAGGAUGGGGAGGGCUGCACUACGCUACUUCAACACAUUUACCGCGCUAUGCGGUCCGGGAGCACUCUCGAAUGCUGCUAUUGCCUUCAAUAUGUGGAAUGAAGUGGAUGAGGACGUUGCGGAGAGAAGAAGUAGAGAGUUGUCCGAUACAGAACUCCUCUUCAAGCCUGCUCUUGAUGCAGGCGCAAAGACCUUCCGCCACAACAAUACGCGAGAGUCAGCGCGUAUUAUCCUAGGCUAUCUCGCGGGUCUAUCGACGACACGGCUUGCUUUCCAGAAGGAAGUGCCAGUGUCCAAACGACACUGGGAUGUGUGCGAUUCCAGCGCUGGCCGCGUUCUUUCGAGAUAUACGGAGACUUGGGGGACGAGUUAGUGAGGUCCCGGUUUGAGCAUUAGGUUUGUGCUCAGCUCUCAGGCCUUCGAAUCGUUGGCUGUCAGAGGGAUUCUUCGAAACGAGCGCCUUCGCUGUAGGAGUACUUAGGCCUACGUCUACGAUAAAUCAGUUUCAAUCGUCGCGUACUA